AGAACUGGAGUAUGAAAUUAAUAGGCUGAGAUGCAGACAAACUGUUCCCAACUCCCCCAUAUCGUGUCUCAAAGUCUCAAACCCUAAAAAUCCUAUUAUCUGAUUCUGAAUCUAUUCUAUCCAUUUCGUUGUUUGUCAUAAACAAAGCCUGAUUCUGGUAAUUUUGUUCAAAAUUCAUGGGCAUUCCGUUAAGCCAGUCUCGUAUCAGAGAUACGUAAGAAUAUUUUUUUUUUCUUUUGUAUUUUUCGUGUUUUUUCACGCACAGAGCUUCAAGGUUCGCGAAACCCUAACUGCAACGGAUUCCUCUGACGUCCACUUUCACUGCCUCUUUCUCCGAGCUGAGCUGAAUUCUUGAAACUUUUCUUCAGAAUUCUCCAUGAGAUGCGCUCGGUAUCUGCCGUUGCUGUUGAUUAGGUAAUACUGGUUCUAUCUCUCUGAAAAUUCACUCUGUAAAUAUGUCCUGCGAUGGUUCUGUGGGUCGGAGAGAAGAAUCUCAGACUGGUAAUGGCAAUGGCAACGGCGUCGUCGCUUCGAGCCGUCCGCUGUACGCAAGUCAUAGGCUUCGGUUGAAUCCCAACACUGAUCACAAGCCAGAGAACUACGAUGACUUGCAAUUGGAGUUUAGCCCCUCGGUUUUCAGCUCGCUGGAGCGGUACCUUCCUCCGAGUAUGUUGAACGUCUCGAGAGACGCGAAGGUUCAGUACAUGAAAGAGAUUUUGUCGCGGUAUUUGCCCGAAGGAGAACGGACCAGAGUUCAGAGGCAUAGAGAGUACAGGCAGAAGAUAAUAUCAAAUUAUCAGCCUUUGCAUAGAGAACUCUAUACAAUACACCCUACGACCUUCUUUGUUCCGUCAUUUAUCAAAGCAAUCAGUGAGAACACAGAGGAGAGUUUAAGAAGUAUAAUAUCAGAACCCUCUCCAGGUGUAUAUACAUUUGAAAUGCUCCAGCCACGUUUCUGUGAGCUGUUACUUUCUGAGGUGGAAAAUUUUGAAAAGUGGGUUCGAGAAGCCAAGUUCAGAAUCAUGCGUCCAAAUACAAUGAAUAAGUUUGGUGCUGUUCUUGAUGAUUUUGGCCUCGAAACAAUGCUUGACAAGCUAAUGGAUGACUUCCUACGCCCUAUAUCCAAAGUAUUUUUUGCUGAAGUUGGUGGAUCUACAUUGGAUUCUCAUCACGGUUUUGUUGUUGAAUAUGGAAAAGAUAGGGAUGUUGACUUGGGUUUUCAUGUGGAUGACUCAGAAGUUACUUUGAAUGUGUGCUUGGGCAAACAGUUUUCUGGUGGUGAAUUGUUCUUUCGUGGCAUCCGAUGUGAUAAACAUGUAAAUACAGAAACUCAACCUGAGGAAAUCUUAGACUAUUCACAUGUCCCUGGACAAGCUGUGCUUCAUCGUGGUCGUCACCGGCAUGGUGCUAGAGCCACAACAUCUGGGCAUAGGAUCAACUUACUUCUAUGGUGCAGAAGUUCAGUUUUCCGAGAGCUGAAGAAGUAUCAGAAGGAUUUCUCUAGCUGGUGUGGAGAGUGCCAACGUGAGAAGAAGGAAAGGCAGCGUCAGUCAGUUGCUGCUAGCAAGCUGGAACUUUUUAGGAGAGAAGGAGAAUCAAUGAUCUAAGCUAUAGCUUUUGUAAUAUAUGCUGGGCGAUUGUAAAAUACAGAGGUCUCAUCCCAGAUGAAGAAACCAGAGCACUCUUGUUGGUAAUGCAUGGGGGAGAUUUGUUUGUUUUCUUUUCCUUCAGUGCUUCAUCUAGGUUGGAGAUGACCGUAGAUUCGAAUUUGUCAAGUGAAUGGCAUGUUGUCCUAUCUAUUAGAUGGCCCAGAAUUUGCAAUUUGAUCAUGUUUUGUUCCCUCUGUAGAAAAGCAAACUGUUGAAAUUGGGUGAUUGUAAGGAUGACACACCUUUCAGUUCUUCCAAAGGCCCAAGGAGGGUUAGCCAUUGCAUUUCUACCUUGAUUUUGUCAACAUUUAUAAAUCCUUUGGUUGAAGCUGAAUUUCCCUUACUA